AUGUUGAAACCGCUGGCUGGCCGUUUGGCACGGCGGCCAUGGAGAUUUCUCUUUCCUGGCCUCCUUGUCUUCUUUCUUAUAUACACACUCUCGCAUCGGAGAGGGUCACAUCCUCAAGCCCCGGUACAUAAAGCAAAGACGAAGUCGUUUUUCCCGCCCCUCGAGACUAAAGCCGCCAAUUCAAUCGAGCUCGACUACUGCCAGAAUUUCCCUACAAAGCUACUAGAAGAGGUGCAGGUCGUCCUCAAGGUGGCAUCGGACGGAGCACACGAGACGAAAGCACACCUCAGCACUGUAUCGAGCUGCAUCACGAACCUGAUCAUCGUGGGUGAUCGGGAAGAGCGAUUGGGGGAUAGACACGUUAUCGAUAUCCUCGCGGAGCUCCCCAAGAGCUACGAAAAGGAUAACGUGGACUUCCAAAUCUACGUCGAGCAUAAGAAGGCACACGAAGGUGGAGAAACGGUCAAGGAGCAGCAGCGGUCGUUCAAGCUCGAUCGCUUCAAGUACCUACCCAUGGUGGACAAGGCAUACACGACGAACCCCUCAGCAAAAUGGUUCGUCUUCAUCGAGUCGGACGUCUACUUCUUCUGGGACACCCUGUUCCGUCUGCUCAGCCAACUUGACGCUUCGGAACCACACUAUUUGGGUGAACCGCACAAGGGAUCCGAAGGCCGCCACUUUGCCUACGGUGGCGCAGGCAUUGUACUCUCCCAGGGUCUCCUCAAGCAACUGAUUCCAGCCAAGAGUGCAGGGUCGACCGAUAUCCCGCGUGAAAACCGACUAGGUGUCCGGUACGAAAACUGGGUUAAGGAGGAGCAGCGUGGUGACGCCGUCCUUUCCUAUGCCAUCCAGAACGCCACUGGACACAAGCUGGAGGCCAUGUACCCGACCUUCGCAAGCGAUAUGAUCAAAGACGUCACAACUACACGCGACAAGUGGUGCGUUCCGAUGCUCUCCCUGCAUCAGCUCAAGCCUCAGCAAAUGGAAGACUUGUGGAGAUGGGAGAGGACACGGCCAUACAAUACUAAACCAUUCACUUACUCCUCGUUCCUCUCCUACACUCACAGCUUCCUGUCACAAGGUCCCUCCAAGGAGUGGUGGAAUAACCUCUCCGAAGCCCCUGUACCGAACGACCACCCCGCACAUCAUAACCCCGGCUCGUGUGGUUCGGAGUGCGCUAAUGACGGCAACUGCCUGCAAUGGACUUACUCGGAACAAGUGUGCCGUCAUGCAGAUUAUAUAAAGCUCGGAGAUGCUGUAGACAGGGAGAACGGUGGUCGAGGCGAGUUUGUCAGCGGCUGGGAUGCCGGAAAGCUACGCAACAUGGGCUUUGGUGUUGAGAGCGAAAACGGCCAGAGACAGUUUUACGAGGGUUGCAUUGAGGCCACCUGGUUGACCCCGCAGCCGGUGUAA